GCGAGACUGUGGAGCCCUUAAAGCCCCAAGAUGGUGUUCAUCUGAGUAUAAAUUCAAGACGCUUGUGUAUUGUUGGUAUCAGUUUCUACUGUUCUAUCAACGACACGCCAUCCCAUCCUAAAUAUGAAGACCUUCAUCGCCCUCAUUGCCCUUGUGGCUGUCGCUUUUGCUGAUAAUGCUCCCUACCGUCCCGCCCCUUCCUAUAAGGAGCAACCCGCUGCCUACCAAUACCAAUACGCCGUGGCUGACGACUAUGCCGGAGUCAACUUUGCUCAAAAUGAGGCUCGUGAUGGUUAUGCCACCAACGGUGAAUACCGUGUUGCCCUUCCCGAUGGCCGUACCCAAAUUGUGACCUACAAUGUGGCCGAUGCUUACUCCGGAUAUGUUGCUGACGUGCGAUAUGAGGGAGAGCCCAAGUACGAGUCCUACAAGCCCGCCCCUGCUCCUUACAAGCCUGCCCCUUACAAGCCCGCUCCUUCUUACUCUGCCUAAGAAGUCCCUCCUCCGGAUCUUUCUCUAAUUUAUUUUGCAUAAUAUUUAUAGAGAAAUACAACUCAUUCCUUUAGCAAU